UGACGCCAUUCAUGUGUAAGCAAUAUAGUGAAGAUUGUUAUGUCGUGCCUGCUGAUACUGUAAAUGAAUACUGUUAAAAGUGAGACCGAGAACAAAAUAAAAUAUCAACAUCAAGUGUAACUGCCACCAUCUUACCCUGUGCACCACAUCGGGAGAGAAGUAAACAUUUUGAUGGGACAGGGUCGAUAUCGGCCCGGAGUUCGGGAAAUUCGGCAAGCUGGAACUCAUGGAAUUGGAGAAUAUAGUUGCGAACACUGUUUACUUAAAAGCAAGAGAAGGGGGUGCAGAUAGUAACAAAGGAAAAAGUAAGAAAUGGAGAAAAAUUCUUCAGUUUCCUCACAUAUCACAGUGCAUUGAUUUGAAAAACAAAAUAGAUGCACGCUAUUCUUACGUUGUAGAUCAUCAACCAAUUGGUCGAUUACUAUUUCGGCAGUUCUGUGAAAAUGAGAAGCAACAAUACCACCAUUACAAUGCUUUUCUUGAUGCUGUUGAAAGAUACGAGUUGGAAUCUGAUGAAAAGCGUAUGGAGGUUGCGCAAACUAUCUAUGGCAGAUAUUUAAAUCAAGAGUCAAGUGAAGCUGUAGAUAUUCUGAACAGUGAACUCACUGAGCAUUGCAAGGAGAAACUGGCAGCUGGUAAUAAGGACCUGUUUUUAGAAUGUACAAAUGCUGUAAAAACCUUUCUUGCUGGAGACCCAUUUCGCCAGUUUGAAUGUUCCAUGUACUUCCAUCGUUACUUGCAGUGGAAGUGGCUGGAAAGCCAGCCAAUCACGUAUAAAACAUUCAGAAUGUACAGAGUUUUAGGAAAAGGUGGUUUUGGUGAAGUGUGUGCUUGCCAGGUGAGAGCAACAGGAAAAAUGUAUGCCUGUAAGAAAUUAGAAAAAAAACGAAUUAAAAAAAGAAAAGGAGAAGCCAUGGUUUUAACUGAAAAACAGAUACUCCAGAAAAUCAAUUCAAAGUUUGUGGUGAGUCUUGCUUAUGCUUAUGAGACUAAGGAUGCUCUGUGCCUUGUUCUGACAAUCAUGAAUGGUGGUGAUCUUAAAUUUCAUAUUUAUAAUAUGGGUGGUGAGCCUGGUUUUGAUAUUCAUAGGGCUAGAUUUUAUGCAGCAGAGGUGUUGUGUGGGUUGGAACACUUGCAUGCUCAAGGAAUUGUGUACAGAGAUUGCAAACCUGAGAACAUUUUGCUGGAUGACCAUGGACACGUGCGUAUAUCAGAUCUGGGUUUGGCAGUUGAAAUUCCAGAGGGAGAGAUGGUCCGCGGCAGAGUGGGAACUGUUGGUUAUAUGGCUCCUGAGGUUAUUGAUAAUGAAAGGUACACAUUCAGCCCUGACUGGUUUAGUUUUGGUUGUUUGAUAUAUGAAAUGAUUGAAGGUCAAGCUCCUUUCCGAGCAAGGAAAGAAAAGGUUAAGCGAGAGGAAGUGGACCGUAGAGUCAAAGAAGAUCAGGAAAAAUACUCCCAUAAAUUUAGUGAAGAGGCAAAGUCACUUUGUCAGCGGCUUUUGAAGAAGUCACCAAAAGCACGUUUAGGAUGUCACAAUGGGAGGAUGGGAGCAUUGGAAGUUAAACAGCAUGAGUUCUUCAGGUGUUUGAAUUGGAAGCGACUUGAAGCAGGAGUAUAUGAGCCUCCAUUUGUUCCAGAUCCACACGCCGUAUACGCCAAGGAUGUCCUGGAUAUUGAGCAGUUCUCAACCGUGAAAGGCGUCAAUUUAGAUGCCUCGGAUGACACGUUUUAUAGCAAGUUCAACACUGGUUCUGUGUCAAUACCAUGGCAGAAUGAGAUGGUUGAGACAGAAUGCUUCAAGGAACUAAAUGUAUUUGGUCCAAACAACACUCCAACUCCAGACCUUAUCAUUGAUGCUUUACCAGAACCUGAUAAAAAAGGGUGCUUUCCUUUUAGGAGAAAGAAGAAGCAGUCUGCUCGCACGCGGCCUGUGACUGUGGUAGAUCAGACAGUUGCUGUGCCAACAGAAGAAGUCAGAAGCUGAUGACUGUUGAGCAAUAGUUGUGCAUCAGCAGGGCAGCCGUAGAUUUCUUACCUAUGUUCAGACUGAAGAAUAUGUCUGCAGUACCUGUUAAUAGUGGCAUAUGAGAUGUGUUCUCUCUUGGCCGGUUUACGGUUCAUGUAGCUUUUAUACAUGUUAAGAACACCAGCAUUACUCUAUUAUUGAUUGCUCAUGAGCAGUGAUGUUAGGGCUUGAGAUUUGACUCUGUUACUGUUCUUAUGGUGUGACAUUUCACCAAGAUUUUAUAGACGAGUUUUGAUUAUAAUGUUAUUUCUGUGUGCCAUAACGUACAAGUUUGAGAGUUAGAUUGCAAAUGUAAAAUUAGCCAUACUUUUUAUGAAUAUGUAAAAUGAGAUUCAGUAAUGCAGAGGUAUUUCUUACAAUGCUUUAUAACAACUUGUGCCAACUUUGGUUACAUUUACAUUUCUCUGCACCCUGUUAUAUUACUGCUGUGACUCACUGAGGUCUGUUUCAUCACUUUGAGUUACUUUUUAGAUUUCAGGUUUAGACAAAAUGUGCUCUGCUAAAUGCAGAGUUGUGAAAGCUUAUGUUUUUUGUUCCAGGUGAAACAUUAUUUUGCUGUUAGAAUGAACUAUUCACCCUUUGGACAACAUGAAACAAAACUUUUUGAAUUUGUUGCAGUUAUUUGUAUAUUUUGUUAACAGAUUUCAAUGAGACACAGUUUUGCUGUAAGUGUUGAAUUAAAUGCUGUUAAGGGAAGAAAAAUCAUAAGUGCAAAUGAACAACUUUGAAUGAUAGCCUUAAGACUAGUGGAUUACAGUCAUAAACAUUAGGAUUCAUUUUCCUCAUUGGAUGAGAAAGACCAGAGAGACAUCCAUUUUUUAUCUACCUUUUAAAAGAGCAUUUAUACUUUUUGUUGUAUUAUCAGAAUCCAAGUAAAAUGUUAAUACUUCGGAGGUCAUUGUAUAGUGAUGCAUAGAAAUGAUAUUAAAGCAUAUUGUGAGGGAGUGACUGAAUUAGUGUGUAUGUUUGAAAAGUAAAGUUUGUGUAGUGUGUACAAAUAAGACAGAGAGAAUCUGUACUGAUGUAAAUGUGUUCCUUAGAGUCUGUGUCUCGAAUGAAAUUGUUUGAUUGUUUCAUUUCAUAGAGAAAGACUGCUCGUAUGAAAUGUGAGCCGUGUAGGCUUAUUUUGUAAUGUAGCCAUCUAUACAGUACAUAUUGCAUAUAAUCAAUAUUUGGUUAAAUGUCAAUUGAAUUAGGUGAAAUGCACAACAAAACUUUAUAUAGUGCCAAUGUCAUUAAUUACAGUAGGUAUUUAUAAAUUUAAUAUAAUCUGAUUCCUCACUUUGAAAACUUUUUUAGUUGAGUUUUUUCUAUUCUUAUUCAUUUUGUUCACUAGCAUUUAUUUGCUGUAUUCAGGAUACUUUACAAGCACCAUAGAAACUUAAUGUUUCAUAUGUUUCAAUUCUCUUUAAAUUUAAUAUAGAUUACAUUAUUUCAUCACAGUUUACUUUACUGUUUUGAGGGUCUUCCCCAUUUUUUACAGAAUUUCCUCCAGUUUUGUCAUGGCAUAGUUUUUAGUUUACAAGGGUUAAAAAGCACGAAGCUGUGUUGUCACAUGGUCUUAAAUAACUAAGCCAACAGGCACUUGGAAAACAUUAAUGUAAUGGGGAACUCUGUGGGCUACAAAGCAUAUUACUUAAGAUUUGUAUACUCUAUAAUUUAAGGCUCAAUGUUUGGCUGACACUUCCUGUUUUUGAGAGGAGCUGUAUUGUCAUUUGUGUGUGUUGCUGUUUUCUGAUUUGCUUGCUUUUUUUAUAUAUUAGUGUCUUUAGUUAAUAACAUGAGCACAUGCAAGUAAUUUUAAGCAACGAGAACUUGAAGAGACAUAGUAAAUGUAAAAGGCUGAAGCCAUGAGCAAACUUAAUGGCCAGAAGCUCAGUAUAGUGAAAACCAGAACUUGAUGUAGUGUAAUUUCUCAUUUGUCUCUCUUGUUUUCAUGAUGUAUCAUGUAUAAAUUAUGUAGUCGAGCCAUAAGUAAGAUUAUUAUUGCACACACUAAAAAGAUUGAGUCUGAGCCCUUUCAUUUCUAAAUAUGAUUGAACUGUACAGUUAUUACAUCAGUUGUGCUAAAUUUUUCUGCAAAGCAACAUUUACCCAAAACAGUAAACAAAAUAAGAGGGAUUGCUGUAUCCUCAUUCCUAUGUGUUACUCAGGAAAGCUUUCUGCUGAUGCCAGUCUUAGUAGUUUAUGUUCCUCAUAUAUGUUGCUAGUUAUCACAGUUUAGUGGCAGAUAUGUGUAAUAUUAACUGAUGUUGUUUAUAGGUAUUUAUUGAAAACAGUAUCAUGCAUAUUAUUUAGCUUGUCUAACUUUUUCCUUGUGUUUAUAUUUACAUCAUAUCAUUUUGUCUGUUAUAUGUGAAAACUUAUAAUGGUUUGCAAUUAUUUUAUUACCAUGAAUUUGAUGCUGUAGAUACUACACAAAUAUAUGUUUGUAAUUUGUACAGAUUGCACAUUUCAUCACUGUUAUGGGCCACCAAAUACGAGACAUAAAUCUUCGUUUCACUUUGUU